UGUUUAUCUCGUUAUCAUCUUCACGACCGAAAGCCUAUUGUCUGUACCACAUGACACUUUGCCACAUAAAUCCGAUGAUAAAUGUUAAACAGAGCCCACGAGUCAUUUGUUGACUUGUAGAUGCAGGGUCCUGUGCGAGAAGAACAUUCAUUCCUACAACGAGAGACUUCCGGAGUUUAAUCCUAGAUGAUGGGGAAGAGUAUCCGCAGUGGAGUGAAAGCUUCGCCGCCAUGGGCUGAUUGUUUCCACAUAUCCUAGAUUCAGUCUUAAAUCAAGAUUCGCUAUUUGCUGCUCUUGGAAACUGUUCAAGAAAUAAGUUUCAUCAUCUUGCUCCCUCGCGACAGAGACUACUUUGGGAAGUAGCACACAAUUUCCCUUGUACCUCCGUCUAAAACCAUAUCGACAGCAGCAUGCUCCCGUCGUUGUGACUUGUGAGCUUGCAAGAACGUGAAGAACAACGCAGAUGGAGCCUCCUAGUGCCCGAAGCAGUCCAACGAUUUCGGUACAUCGAAUUUCACAGAUUCCUGGAAAAGAUCACUUGGAUCUUCUGCCUUUCUCUCCAAUUGGUACCUCCCUCGACGACGCAACUCUGAAUAUGGCGGACGACCUGGACCAAAAGGUACCCACAUUCGAAGAUGCAGACACAGCAGCAGAGGCAGAAUUCUUCAAUCUCCAACCACCACCCGCGUCAGCGAACGAUGUACCAAUCGAGGAUGUUGUCAACCGACUCUUCUCCAUCGAACACCUUCACUUCAUCUUAGGAGAUCACCAUCUGUUUUACAAAUUCUCAACAUUCCUCAAUCGCUUCAGACCGAGUCUGGUUCCGACCCUAAUCCGAUACCUGGAAAUGCGCAAAGCGAUGAAAGCGAUCGAGUAUGCGAACGCAGUCGCGAGGUCGAUUCGCUGGCCAUCGCAUACAGAUUACUGCAAGUUCUCGCGGGUUCAAGCUGCGUCGACCGAUGCUCGAUUUCAGGAUUAUGCAGCUAGAGAACUACUGUUACUCUGCUCGGAAGCUCUCCCGGCUUUCAUUACGCACACACUGAUCGGGGUCGUUAGUGAUUGUGUCGCAAGGGAUAUAACUGGGCAAGGAAUCCCAAUAAUGCGGGAUCUGGUGGGAAAUCUGGCUGAAGUUUACUGCCUGACCGACCCAUCGGUUCACGAUAAUCCCAUAAUAUUUGCAAGUGAAGAGUUCCACAGAACAACCCAGUACGGCACGAAUUACGCGAUCAACAGCAACUGCAGAUUCCUGCAGGGUCCAGCGACAGACAAGGAUACAACUCUGAGGCUGGCAAAAGCAAUAUCUCUUGGACAAGAAUCAAAUGAAAUAUUACUGAACUAUCGCCGAGACGGAACUCCCUUUGUCAGUAUGUUCUGGGCAAGCCCGCUUUUACCUACUUCCCACUGUCUCAGGAGUCAGGACUUCUUGGGACACACCUCGGGCCUUUCAUGAAACCUUCCUAUGAGGCCAAUACUAACUCUCCACUGCGUGUAGAUCUCCUCAUGUGCUCACCUCUCUACGACGACAAAGGCGUAGUUCGCUAUUUCAUCGGCGCUCAAAUCGAUGUCACCGGGCUAGUGAG